AUGGCUAUCAUCUUGUUAGCCUCAGUGAUGACCGUUUCACUGCGUAAAAAUAAGUUGUCUGCGUUCCCGGUUGUUAAUGCCUCAAAGAAUGAAUAUCUCAUGAGCGGACGGGCGAUAUUGGCCCGGGGUCUGAAAGAAUUUGGCGGAAAGCCUUUCAGAGUUAACACCGGUCUCGGCGGUGGCGUCAUUAUUCUCGAUCACAGCGUUAUGCCAGAGGUCCGAAAUGACGCUCGUUUCGAUUCGACGAAGUUCCUACUCCAGUACUGGCAAGCUGGUAUCCCAGGGUUUGAGCCUUACAUUGCUCUUGGAACUGAAAUUCUGCACAAUGUCAUCAAAUGGAAUCUGACACCGGCUGGUAUUGCCAAAUUAAACAAGCCGUUGUCUGAAGAGGCAAAUGCUGCGCUGAGUGAUAUUUUGACUGAUGACGAAGAAUGGCAUGAGGUUCUUCUUGGCGAUGUCAUUAUCCGAAUUGUUGCCCGAGUGUCCUCCGUCAUCUUCCUUGGACCUGAGCUGUGCCGAAACCCCGACUGGCUGAAGAUCACAGUGAACUACACCAACAAGGCAACAAAUGCGGCCAAAGUCUUACGGCGUUGGCCUGUGUUUCUCUAUCGCACCAUUCAUUGGUUUCUUCCAGAAUGUCGUGAGGUUCGCACUAUGCUCGUUAAAGCGCGACAAAUCAUCGCGCCUAUUCUAGAAAAACGUCGUGUACAAAAGACAGCGGAUCCAAGCCUGCAGUAUCAUGACGCCUUGGACUGGUAUGAGUCGGCAGCGAAGAGGAUGGGCGUUGGGUACGAUCCUGCCGAUCAACAACUGGCCCUCAGCAUCUCUGCCAUUCUGACCAGCAACGACCUCAUGUCCCAAAGCAUCAUGGAUCUUUGUAAGAACCCAGAGAUGUUCGAACCCCUCAGAAAGGAGAUUCGCUCUGUUCUUGGUAACGGGCAAUGGAAGCCUACGAGUCUGUACAACACAAAGGUUCUUGACAGUGUUCUCAAGGAAACUCUGCGUUUAAAGCCCGUCGCAGCUGUGGGUCUCGGUCGGAGGGUUAUGGAAGACGUCCGCCUCAAGGAUGGCACUGUUCUCCCCCAAGAUUCUGGCAUCGCUGUCAAUGCGGAAAAGAUGUGGGACCCGGAGAUCUACGAGAACCCGCGAACCUAUGAUGGAUUCCGUUUCCUGCGACUGCGGGAAGCUUCUGAGCAAGGUGAGAAGUCAUCUCAGUUGGUGAGCACUUCACCUGAACACCUAGGUUUCGGCCUUGGCAUUCACGCUUGUCCUGGCCGCUUCUUUGGCGCCAACACGGUAAAGCUGGUCAUGUGCCACCUGUUGCUCAAGUACGAUAUCAAGCUGGCGGAAAACACAAACACAAACCCUCUAGAGUUUGGGUUUUCUAUGCUUGCGAACCCCACCACCAAAGUCCUUGUCAGGCGGAGAAAGGAGGAGGUGAACUUCUAA